CAGUUCGAAAAAUUUUCAUUAACUGAAAUACUUUCUAAACCCUAAAACAAACUUUUCGGUUUAUAUUUGCUACUUCAUAUAUUAAUUUCGUUGUUGUAUAUUUAUUCAUACACUGUUUGGAUACCGCCCAAGUACGGAAACAUAACCACCGGUUAAGUUGACAAAAACAAUCAACGUAUUCGUUCUAUGUUAAAACGAGCUUUAAACAUGUUGUCACGUCACGAACGAAUUCAACAAGUUCUCGAAAGUGCUUUGAAGCCCAAAGUUCUUACAAUUCGCAAUGAUAGUAACAAACAUUCGCACCACAAAAAUAUGACAGAGGGACUGGCGCAGGAUGGCUUUACACAUUUCUGCCUAGACGUUGUCUCUGACGAGUUUACCGGAAUGAAUAGACCAGCAAGACAUAGACUUAUCUACAAAUUACUGCAGCCGGAAUUCGACACCGGCCUCCAUGCUCUCCAAAUCCGUACUGCUAAAACAGUUGCUGAAGCAGAACAGUAGUCGUUGCUAGCAGACAACUCCUCUACAUAGAACUGGUUCACAAAAGCGCAAG